AACAUAAAGAUCUGUAAUUUCUCAUCUUUUUGCAUAAUAAGCAAUCCUAAAAAACAGGGUGCUUCAAAUUUAACAAAGAAAUAUUAAGCUCGUUAGCUUUCAUUCACUUAACUCCGAGAAUUUCGACCUUUGUAUGGCCAUUAAGUUGUUAACUUUCUUAGCAGAAAGGAAGGCUCUAAAAAAGUUUGUAUUUAUUUUAUCUCAUCAGACUUUCUCAAUUCACACAGAAAUUAACAAAGCUCCUAUCUGCAACUGAAGUCUCCUCCUCCAUGUUAGAGGAAUUUUCGACGAAAAAUGGUGGUGGGAAGCCAUUCCAGCCAAGCUGAAGAUCAUCUGGGUUGCCCUGCAAUCAUCUACUAUGUAAGUAUGUUGGAUUAAAUGAAAGCAUAAGCGACCCCAACUUGUUUAUCAAGAAGAGAAAACGACUCCUAGAGCUAAGUUAGAGACUUUUUGGCGGUGGAUCCAAAUCUUGAUUCCAAAUCGAGGAAGUGUUCCUCAUGAUUAGGCUUUUUCUCUAUUGCACGCUUUAAAGUUUCAAUCUUUUCUUCAGUUUCAGUGUUUUUGUGAAUCUGGGUAGUGUUUGUUUGAGGUAAUUCUCGAUUUCUCUGUGUUGAACCAAUCAUGGGAUCGGGGUUUGUUGCUUCUGGGACUUGGCAAAGCAUACAUAUUCCAAUUUCUCGUUCAGUUUAUUGUGCUUCUUCUAGUUCAAAGCCAUCGUGUUUGGCUUCUUUGUCUUCAUUGGCAAAGCAUAAUGGAAGAAGUGGAGGCUUGGGGAAGGGUUUAGUUCAUAGUUCGGUGUUGUCAGGGUCGAGUAAGUUAAAAGGUUCUAGCUUGAAGCAAGCUUGUACUGCUAAUUUUGAGGAGUUUUGCUAUGAUGACAUGUCUGAUCAGGUUGAGGAAUUGUCUCGGAAGUUGGAUGUUGGUAGUCGUUAUGACGAAUAUCAAGAGGGGAAUACAUCUUGGGCUAUGUCGAAAGUUUCGAGGUCUAGGUGGUUGGCAAGAGAAAAGAGGAAAGAUGGUGUUCUUUCAAUGCAGUUUUCGAGGUUAAAGCUUAAUGCUUUAGAGCAAUCUCUGCUUGGGAUUCAUCCUGAGCCACCAGACUGGCCAGAGAGAAGUGAAAUUCUUCUAGCAGACAUUGCACGGAAGGCAAACAGCCUCGAAUUUCCUACGUCUCUAAGGUUGUUGAAGAAGAAGCAUCAACAAUGGGAGGAGAGUUCCAGACAAGUAGGGGAGUACACUGCUUUUAGCUCUGUGAGCAAGGCCUUUUCGUCCAUGGUAUUUAUCAUCCAUGAGCUUCAUAGCUAUGCUUUAAGUAUAGGGGGAUGUCUAUACUGUGAAGACUUUAAGGAAAUUAUAUCAAAGGUGCAGAGUGAAAUGAACUCUUCAUUCGUCUGGUUGUUUCAGCAGGUCUUUGCAAGGUCACCAACUCUCGUGCUGUAUGUGAUGAUCUUAUUGGCGAAUUUCAUGGUUUAUUCAAUGAAUGGUAAGAAUUCUGUUAUUUCAGAUACUACUCCUAUGCCUGAUGUGGCCUGGACUUUGGGUAAGUUUCUGCAAGAACCGCUGGAACCAUCCAUAUGGUUUUAUGACGGGGACGAUGAUCCUUGUGAGGAAGGCGAAGUAAGCCCAAGUGAGAGUGAAAAUAAGGAUGGGGCUGGCCUUAAGUUGUUCAAGUUUCCUACUGAAAAGAUAUCUGAUGUUUCGUCGUUGAAUGACGAGGAGUUGAACUUGUGGAACUCAGUCCUGGAAAAAGCUUCUAAUAUGCAGGCAGAAUUGAGGUCUCCUCAUCUUGACCAUGAGACCGUGAAAAACUUUGUGUCACCUGUAACUGUGAAUCUCGAAUCAGAUGAUUAUGACUGCUACUCUAAGACAGAUAUUUUGUACCAGAUGAGCUUAGCUCGGGAGCCAGAUAAUACACUUUUACUGUCAAACUAUGCACAAUUCCUCUACCUCGUGGCUCAUGAUAAUAACAGAGCGGAGGAAUGCUUUAGGCGAGCAGUGCAGGCUGAGAAACCUGAUGCCGAGGCUUUGAGCCUGUAUGCAGACUUCUUGUGGUAUGUGCGGAACGACAUUUGGGCUGCAGAAGAGAAAUACCUGCAAUCACUGGCAGCUGAGCCCUCGAACCCCUAUUACGCCUCGAGGUAUGCCUGUUUCCUUUGGCGUACUGGGGGCACUGACACUUGCUACCCUCUUGAAUCCUAUGAUAAAGUUUAGUAAUUAGCAACUAAAGAUACUGGGCUGUAUAUGUUCCUGGUGCUUUAUUACUCACAAAAUCUAGUAAUGAGCUGCCGCACUAAAUAGAUUAGUUAUCAAUACCAGAGUAAUUCCACUGAGGAAAUAAAAAUCUUUCUCGUUGGAGACCAGAUUAAUUGCAAAAUUAGUUAAUCCAGUUUCAUGACCUCAGUCAAUCCAGAAUUAGCUUGUCCAAUUUUGUACACCAGGUUGAUCAUAAUAAGAAAUGAGUUUAGC